AGAAAAUGUCCAAGCAGCUUGCCCAAAUGCAUGGGACAAAAGAGCAGGCCGAUGCUGCAAAAACAGUUGAGAAAGAUGUUAAGGUUCUCAAGGCUAAGCAAAAUGAUGAAGGACUAUUGGGCAUGUCUCUUGAAGCGAAAUCUGUUGAGCGGCAAGGAAAAGUGGAACAACUGGAGGAAUUAAAAAAGGCAUAUGAGAAAGAGAAAAAUAUGAAACAUGAGGAAGUCACAAAGAAUCUAGACUCUUCGAAGUUGGAACUGGAAUCAAAGAAGAGUGAUUUUGCUGCAAGGAAAGCGAAGGUGGAAACUUUGGUUGUGGAGGGGGAUGGCAUAAAUAAGAGAAGGAAUUUAGAAAUAGAAUCUGGAGCAGCUACCAAGCAUCAACUGUAUAAAAAAUGUGAAGAGAUCGUUAAUGAGUUUCACAGCUAUUUACAAUCUAUCGGGUCUUAUCUCGACGGGGUGCAGUGUUAACUUGUGCUCAACAGCAGUUAACUAGUAGAUUCUAGAAGUUCUGAAUAUAGAGUUUCGGUACAUUCUGUUCAGUGAUUAUUUCGUUCAUUGCUUUGUGGAGAAUAGCGGAAGUCAUGUGCCUUUGCUGCAAAGUAGUUGGCAUAUUUGUUGUGUUUCCUUACAUGCUGGCUCGACCAAAUGUCUGGAUCACAGUUUCUUAUUUAAUCCGCACGUGUUGACCUGUACAUUUGUAUUUAUAUGAUCAAGCUUGCGCGUCA